CUAACUUGUUCCAGCAUGUAGAAUUGGUAUAGUGUCAUGUUAAUACAUGUUAACUCUUUCAUAUGUCGUGUAGUUCAUCAGUGAUUAUGAAUUAAAUUAGGUUAUCAAUUAUUUAUUGCAGUUAAUUGUCAUUGACAAUUAACGAAACUCGUGGAUGAAUUUUGUUCUCAUUUGUGCGAGUGUUUUGCAUACGUGGCAGAAGCUGCCACCAAUCAGAAAACGGGGGUUUUGAAGGCGUGGCUUCGAACACGUACACUUGUCUGUGCCUUCGGCAGCCAUAAUCUUGAGAAGUCGUGUGUGAAUUCUUGUCGUGAUUCUCUGUAGGCAAACAGAGUUCGUUGUUCAUUUUACAUUCCUCAGUGGAAGCGAUCUACUGAAUUUUCGGUGAGCAGUGCACAGAUAUAUAAAAUGGAUGUCCAAACUGGAUUGGUAUAUGUAGCAGUGGUAGUUAUUUCUGCAGCAGUUAUUGUUUUAGUAUCAAUGUUCGGUAUAAAAGAAAAGUCUUAUGAAGAAGCAAUAGCGGAGCAAAGAAAACUUCCUGAUGAUCUUUUGUUAAAUAAAAAAGAUAAAAGCAAAGAAAAGAAGCAUAAGAAUAAGGCAGGGAAGAAAGUAAAAGAGAAGAAAGAAGAAAAAGAAGAGAAAGAUGAUAAGGAAGAAAAAUCAGAGCAUGUACAGUUUGAAGAAAAUCCACAAAUUUUACCACUAGAGCCAUUAUUGCGUGAGGGUAGCAAAGGAACUAAGAAGAAAAGCAAGCAUGAAAAGGUAAAGCCAAUUCUUGUAAAUAAAGAUGAGCCAUUGGUUAUUGUGACUGAAUUAAGUUCUUCACAACCCCUCUCGGCAGAGGCUAAUCAUUUUGAUCUCAUUCAACCAAAGGACGACCUCGAACUCAUACGGAGUCAUAGUAAAGAAAAUUUGCAACAAAUUGGUCAAUCUGAACCAAUUAUAAAUAAAUCUCCAAAGGAAACUCCAACAAAAUUAAAGAAGAAUGUUAAAGAUUCAGUGAAAAAGAAGGAUGACAAUGUUAAGGAAGAGAAAAAAGAAAUGGUUAAUAAUACUAAUAUACCAUCAGUAGUUAAUAAAGAUUCUGUUAAAGAAGUUAAAGAAAUUCCAGUUAAGGAUGUAAAAGAAGCUACAAAGGAGACUUCACUAUCUGCUCAAUCAACAAAUAAAGAAUCUAAAAAAGCAAAGAAAAAAAAUGAUAUUCUAGCACAAAUUGGUGGAGAUAAAGAUGCUGUUAAUGUAUCUUUAUUAAUGCCUUUGGUUCAAAAAGCUGAACUUAGCCGUUCUGAAAUACAAAUUCUUAUCGAUCAGCUUUUAAAUAAACAAAUGGAUAAUCCAUCAGAACACUCAGAAUGGACAGAAGGUCGUGCAGAUCCAGUUAUUAAAUUAAAGAAGCAGCUCGCAGAAAAGGAAAAAGCUUUAGCUGAUGAACAUGAAGCAAAUAUUGCAUUUCAAAAUAAAUUAAAAGAAUUACGUGCUGAAUUGAAUUCUGAAAGAUCUAGAUUAUCAGCUAAUGUAAGACAAUUAGAAGAAGCAUUAAAUGCUAAAGUUACAGAAACUCAAACUUUGCAUACACGUAUGCAACAUAUUUUGGAAAGUCAUGCUGCUGAAAAACAAGGAUUUACUAGACAGAUUGAACAACUGCAAACUAAAGUAAAUGAAAAUGCUGCAAUUAUUCAUAAGAUGCAAGAAGAUCAGGGACAAACUCAAGGUCAUAUGCAACAAGAGUUGAUUGCACAACGUAAACAAAUGGAAGUACAAUUUGCACAAAUGCGUGAAAACGAAAAUGCAUUAAAAGCACAAUUAGCUCAGAAGCAUGUUGAAGUCCAAGAAUUGCAAAGUGAAUUACAAGCAACUUGUGAGAGUAGUACUGCCGAAAUAGAAAUGUUACGACAACAAUUAGGACUUAUGCAAGGACAGUUAAUGCAUUCAGAAGGACAAUUACAACAUUUCAAAGAAGCUGGAGAUAGAUUGCAAGAUGUUGCUAGACAGCUUGAGGAUUCUCAUCGUGCACAUGCUGAUUUAGAUCACAGAUUAAAGAAUGCUCAUCGCCAUGAACAAGAACUUCAAAAACAAGUAAAUUCGUUGCAAAGUGAAUUAAAUUCUGUAAAAACAGAAGCUAAUGAUGCUUCAGCAUUAAAAGUAGAGUUAAAUAAAACUCAAUCUGAAUUAAUGAAAUUAAAAUCUGAGCUAUCUGUUUCAAUGAAUGAAGCGAAAUUUGAGGCAGCUGAAAUUACAGCUCUUAAAAUGACACUCGUUAACAAAGAAGAAGAACUAAAAGUAUCUCAAGAAAAACUUAUUAACAAAGAAGAGGAACUAAAAAUAUGUCAAGAAGAACUUAACAAUGCACGAGCUGAAUUAAAGCAGUCAAUGGAAAAUAUGACACAGUUGGAAACACAAUUACAUCUAGUGCAGAAGAAUUUAGAUGCUGCACAAGAUGAACUUAACAAGACAACGGAAAAUCUGAAAAUAGCACAUAGUGAUAUUAAUAAUUAUCAAUCAAACAUGGAAAAAUUAAAUGAAGAAUUAAAGCAAACUCGAAAUGAAUUAGAAAAUACAUGUGUAGAACUCAAAGCUGUAAAUGAAACAACGAAUGAAAUGAAAAUGUUAAAAGCUGAAUUAAGUAGGUUACAGAAACGUGAUCAGCGAAGUGAAGCACAGUUACAGCUUACACGACUACAAGAAGAAAAUGAUAAACUUUCUAUACAGCUUACAAGUCUUGCAGAUUUGCAAAAACAACUUAAACAAUUACAAGAAGAAAAUGAAUCAUUAGCUUCUCAGUUAGCAGCAACUACUGAACGUCCAGCUGCAGAAGGCCGAGAAAAUGGAAUUGAUGAUAAUGUUCAAAAGAAUGUACAACUUGUAGAACAAACAAAUUUAUUGGCCCAAAAAGAGAGUCAAUUAAAUGCCUUAACGACUGAAUUAACACAUAAAGAGGUAGAACUCAAUCAACUAAAUACUCAAAUUGAUGCAUUACGAAGUGAUGUAAACAAUCAACGUAGUCUUGCUGCACGUUUAAAUAAUGAAUUGGAGGCACAAAGAUCCAAAAAUAAUGAAAUUACACAAAAAAUAAAAGCAGAACAAGAAAAAUUAACAAAAACUUUAUUAGAAAGGAUAUUCCCAGAAAUAAAAGUGUCUGAAAAAUCACAUGAUCAGUGGCUCAAAGUUUUUGAAGAAAAAGUGAAUACAGUUUUAACUGAAUUGAAGAAAAAGAACACUGUUGAUAAUCAUUCAGAAUUGGAAAAACAAAAUAAAAAUUUACAAGAUAUGGUUUCACAUUAUAAACAAAUUAUUGAUGAUACAGAAGGUAUGCUUAAUAAGCUUCAAAGUCAUGUAGAAUCGGAAGAAACAAGAUGGGAAUCUCAGCUUCGACAGAAAGAAAAUGAAGUAACAAGUCUUAGGUUUGAAUUGAAUGAGCUCAUGAAUAAAUUAAAUGUAAAUGAAAAGUUACAAGACAAGGUAGUAGAAUUGGAAAUCAGGUUAAAAGAAGCUGAAUCUUUUAAAGAACAAGCUAAUACUGAAUUAUUAACACUUAGAUCUACGUCAAAAUUGGUUUUGAGUGAAAUUGAUUCCCAUGAUUUAAGUACAUUAGAAAAACUUCAAGAGGAAAAAGCACGAUUGUCAGAGGAGCUUCAAAUAGAAUGUAACAAAAGAGCGGCAGUAGAUGCAGAACUGGAUAAAUUGCGAUGUGUAGUUACUCAGCUUCAUCAACAAAUGUCACAACUUAAGCUCCCAGUAGCAACACAGACUCUGAUAGCUGCAUUAGAAAAUAUUCUUCUCAAGAAUACAGAGUUCGCAAAUUGUUCCAUAACCAAGCCUAUCAAUUUGGUUCAGUGUCAACAAGAAAUUGACAACAGCCCCCUUACUACAAAAUACUCCUCCAAAUCUUGUCAUAUGACAGAUCACAACACACAGGCUAGCUGGAAUCCGUUGAUGGGCCAGCAGCAUAAAAAGCACAAGAAAAAAAGGAAGGGUGGUUCAAGAAAAAAAUAACUUCAAAGAACAAGCUGCGUUAACGCAGCACGACACCAGAUAAUUGAUAAAGGAAAUAUAUGAGAAAUUACAUAUGCACUAUAUAAACGUCAAUGGUAAACUUUGCUAUUGAGAAGACUAAUAUAACAAUGAAAAUAUUACGAAUAAUGUUUCUUACGAAAAGAAUAUAUUAUUUUAUUAUAUGGAAAGAAAUAAUGAAUUUUGUAGUUAGACAUUAAGAAAUAAUGGACAGUUACGCAAUUAAUAGAUAUAAAAAAGCAUAAUUCAAGAGCUAUUAAAUUCAUGGAAAUUACAAGAUAAUAGUAAUUAUUGUUUAAAUAUUAUUUCUAUAGAUAAUACAUAAAACAUGCUCAGGUGUGUUUAAAGCUUUCAUAGUUUAUUUAAAAUUUAUUAUUCAUAAAAUUAUUCAUACAGUAAAAUGUACGCAUGUUACGCUUAAUGAAACGCACGAAUUUUAAUUUUGAAUGGUAACGUAAAUAUUUUUACAUAAUUUUUUUUUUAAUAGCGGAAUUAUUAAAUAAUUUUCAUAUUGUUAAUGAAUUUGUAUACAAAGCUGAAAUCGUUAAUGAAUUAAUGUGCAAUAAAUAUAUUCGUGUAAUCAUAUUUGUAUAAAAGUAUACAUAGAGAAUUCAAUAUAUGGCUUUUUAAAGCAAUUUCACGAACAAAUAAUUUCAUAAAAUAUAAAUUUUAUGAAUUAAUUUUAGGGAAUUUGUAAAUCUGUUCAAAAAUAUAUUUGAACACGUUAGAAUAUAAUGAAAUAUACAAAUUUAUAUUAAUAAAUCUGUGGUUCAAAUAAUUUGUAAGUACGAAAUUUAAACAAUAACAUAAAGUAAACUGUAUGUAAAUGGGGCAUUUAAAAGAGUGUUUGUUAAAGUUUUUAUGUAUUAGUUUAUUUUACAAAACAAUAUAAUUUUUAUUAUAAUCUAACGUUACAAGAUAUAAAAUAGGUGAUAAUACUCUAUUUAUGAUAUAUUAAACAUUUAUUUCUUAAAGUAUCAUUGUUUCGUUUAUUUACAAGAUUGUAUAAGAUUUAAUACGUAGUACUUAUACAUUAAAUGUUUUACAUUUAGAAAAGUAGAUGAUAAAAAGAUUAUUGUUUUAUUUCACGUUAUGCAAUAUACAAAUUUCAAUAAUAAUUUGUAAUUCUAACGAAUGAUGUCAUUUAUUUACAUUUUAUAACAAUCCCAAGUUUUAGUAUAGGAUAUCUUUAAUCAAAUAUUUGCAAUAAUGUUUAAUUAUUCAAUAAUUUUUUAAUUCUCCUUAGGUGACAUUAUCAAAGGCGGUAAUAGUAUUUUUUUUUUAAUGAUACUUGAUAUACUAUAUUUAUUAUAAUGCUAUAAAAAAUCUUAAAAUCUGUUACGGGUCAAUUAAGUAAUUGUUUUUGUGUUUAAUACACCUAUUAAUUAUUGCAUUAUUAUUUAAUUCAGCAUAGUUUGUAGAAAUCCUAAAAUAUAACUACCUAAAUCUUCAUCUUGAUUUGUCCACGAAACAUACACACUUUUUUGAUCAUCUUCAUCACCUUCUACUUUUACUAAAACAGAUUCAACAGAUAUUGAUCCGUCUGUUAAUUGAACUGUCCAACCUGAUAAUCUCUCUUUUAAUGGUUGUAAUAAUUUUAAAGUUGUUGAAUGUGCUGGACCAGGGUCUCUUACUUGCACAGUGGACGUAAAUCGUACUAUAUGUUUGGUUAUACCUGCAGCUUUUGUCACCUUAAACUGCGUCUACAAGACACACUCCAUCUUCUCGUAGCAUUAAAACGCUGUGAAGUAAUCUUCGUCGUUUAGGAUCUGGUGGCAAAGCUGAAUACCUUUUGGCUUCAGAUUUUAAUAAUGCUAAGGAAGCGUCUACUGGCACUUUAGCAAUGGUUGUGAUAACACAUGUUUCCCCAUUUGCAGGGUUAUAACAGUUGGUUCCAAAUUCUUGUUUUAUUUUUUCUUUUAAAAAUUCCAUUUUAGCAAAUUCUCCAUGUACAAGCAUAACAUUUUUUGGUUCACAAUACUGUAUUAAUUGCAUAAUACCUUUUGCAUCUGCAUGUGCAGAAAAAGACAUAUAUUCUACUGCCAUUUUAACUUCGACAAUCUGUCGGUUCUCAAAUUCAAUUCUUCUAGAACCAUUUAAAACUUUAUGUCCAACAGUACCCUGAACACAAAACCCAGGCAUAAUAACCAUAUUUGCUUCGUUUGGGGCCCAUUUUUUAAAAAUUUGUAAAGAUAAUCCUGCAUGCAACAUGCCUGGGGUAGCAAAUACUACCAUAGCUCCCGGAUUAUCAAUAUAUGCUUUAUCAAAUGGUUUUAUAUGUUUAAAAUCAAACAUAUUUCUUUGUACAAAAGUUUUUUUAAUUUUUUGAUUAGUCCAAGUAAUAAACAUUUUAUAAUAAUUAUUAGCUUUUUCAGUUAAUCCUAAAGCAAAAUAUACAGGAACUUUUAAAUUCAUUCUCUCCCAGUAUGUUUCUAAUAAUAUACAUAAUUCUUGUGCACGUCCAAGAGCAAAUACAGGAAUUAAUACCUUGCCACCUCUAUCUAUGCAUUCAUGAACUUUCUUUAAAAAGUCUCUUUCUCUACAUCUUUUAGAAUCUCUAAUAGUUGUUGCAUAUGUUGACUCUGAUAUUAAUAAAUCUGGUCUACAUUUAUCUAUCCAUGCAGCACCUAAAUGUCUAUCAGGAGUCAUAUUGUAAUCUCCAGUAUAUACAAUUGAUUGUGAACCAACUCUAAUCCAGAACAUUGCAGCACCAAGUACAUGUCCUGCAUAAUAUGCUUUUAUUUCCAAUUCUGAGUCAACCAUUACAGAUUGAUGCAAUGUAACAGCAAUAACUUUUUUCAUACAGUCUUUUAUCAUUUGUGAAGUGAAGAAGUUACUUUCUCCUUUACGUUCUACUGCAACUUUCCUCAUAUCUUCAAGUAAGAUUGGUGCAAUGGCUUUUGUUGGAUGUGUCAUAUAAAUUGGUCCAGUAUAACCCACCAUUUCUGUAAAAUAUGGGAGAGCACCACAGUGAUCUAAAUGAAAGUGUGAAAUAAUUACACAAUCAAUGUAAUUAGUUGCAGGACCUUCUGGGAUUAUAUAUGAAAAAUCUGGGAAUCUUCUUUCAUCGUUGAAACCCAUGUGCAUGCCACAAUCCAACAUAAUGUUCUUUCCACCCAUUGAUACAAGAAUGCAGCUUCUUCCAACAUCUUGACCAGCCCCCAAAGGGGUUACUUUGAUAUCUGGCAUUUUUCUAAAUAAUGAUUUUCAAUCACUGUAAACUUCUUAUCAUUACAAUUGUUACUAUUGUCCGUAGUUUAAUUGAUAUACAAUUUAAAAAUAUUUAUUUGAUAUGUUAUUAGAAAUAGUCAAUUCAUAAAUAUUAAUUAAUGAUCAUUGCUGUUAUUUUUUUAUAAUCAAGAAUAUAUAGUACUUGUUGACCUGUGUUAUUAACCUAUACUUACUAACAAU